CCUGGAUACAGAUAAACAACGUGUAUGUGCACGCACGCAUCUUCAGGAGGUCAAUUACUAUCACUGGAUGGACAUUGAGUAAAUGUUAGGGCUACCUCAACGUGUUUGACAAUGGAGAAGCCGUCCGGAGAUUCCACACACGUGGCGGAUAUACUAGAAGGACUAUGUCGAUUAUGGAAAGAACAUCGCCACACUGACGUCACAUUGGGUGAUGGCAAAACAUCCUCUCAAGCUCACAGGAUUUUGGUGGACGCAUUUAUGCCACAAGUAGGCAUGACAUGCAGAACAAAAUCCGUCAUCAAACUUUCUGAACUUCCAAAGCCCAUAGAUGUAAUUCUCGCUUGGCUCUAUACCUUACCGGAAAUGACAUCAGAUAUACUAAAACUUGAUAUGAAGCCAGUGGCGUCUGCUCUUAAAAUCAAUUUUAUUCUUAACUAUAAACCAAAAGUGGUCAAAGGUAAAAUCACGACGUAUAUCCAGCUAAGGAAAUCCUGGAUGGCGGAGUUUUCUACAAAACUACGACAGUGCUACAAAGAUGGUACAUUUAGUGACGUCAUUCUUAAGGUUGAAGGUCAAACAUUUCGGUGCCAUAAAGCCAUUCUCGCCUCUGUUUCCCCUUUUUUCGAUACAAUGUUUCUUUCGGGAAUGCGUGAAACAGACGCUGAUGAGAUUGAUUUGCAUGGUAUAAAGAAGUCGGACUUCGUUAAAAUUCUGAACGCUAUAUAUCUUGGAGAAGAAUGCGUUACCGUGACAAAUGUCGAAAGUCUUAUUUCAAUGUGCUCCUAUUUUCAACUGAGCAGACUACAGAGGCAAUGUGAGAGGUUCCUGACCAGUAACGUUGAUCCAGAUAAUAUCCUCGGUGUGUUGAGACUGGCUGAACUAAAUUCUAUUGACUCUUUACGUAAGAAAGCUCUGUCUUAUAUCGUUCACAACUUCCACGAAGUUGUCAGGAGCAAAGAAUAUUCGACACUGUCGAGAGAUCAGCUACUGGACUUCAUUAAAAACGACAAUCUAGAUGUGGUAGACGAAACGGAAGUAUUCGAAGCCGUUCUAAAGUGGUUUUCAUCAAACAAUCGACCAGACGAAGAUCUUGAAAUUCUUUUUCAAGGCCUAAGUCUCCCGGAUGUUAGACAGUCAGCCAUCAAGACCGCAAUAACUAAUGAGAAACUUCCACGAGAUUCAUGCAAUCUCCUGAAAACGCUCGUCGACAAAGUUAACACCGGAACUGUGAGAAUACGCAAUGAGCAGGUGUUACUGGUGGUCAGAGCUAGUGGCCAGGAGGGUGGUGUACACGUGACAUGUUUCAGUUUCAAAACCAAGCAGUGGUUCAAGCUGGCCUCGAUAUCAAAUUAUGAUCCUGGUAGUGCUUUUGCCGCGUGUUCACUUGGGCAAUUUAUAUAUCUGACUGGGGGUUCAGGGAAUCCGUGCGUAUUUUUCGAAUAUAGCAUUGCAGCAAAUAAGUGGACAUCUUUGCCAAAAUUCAGAGAAGCUAGGUCGGAGCACGUCGCUGUUGCUAUUAGCGAUUUCGUGUAUAUUCUAGGAGGAAGGAACCAGGUGCAUAGUGUCAUAUCCGGCAUAGAAAGAUAUAACCUUGGAACAAGGUCGUGGCGCCACUUCGGUGUUUUGGCGUUGCCGGUGUCGGACGCAUCUGCUGCAGUGGUAGGUUCCAACAUAUUGGUGUGCGGUGGAUCACUCUCAUUUGGUGAAUAUACAGACGCCGUUCAAUGCUUUGACACGGAAAAACAAACAUGUUCUGUGAUAGCUAAUCUCCCAAUGCAAUGUAGCUUUACCGACAUAGCGUUGCAUGAACACAUUCUAUAUAUAGUAAGUCCUCGAGGUCACGUGAUGGAAUACGAGUACGACAGGGACCCCGUAUUACUAGGAAAAGCUCACGCCUCCUCGUUCAUGGACUUUUCGUGUGUCUGUUUUCGAGGUAUGUUGUACAUCAUCGGCGGUACAUCCAACAAGACGGAGUCAGCAGAAAUGAAGGCAUUUGAGUUACGCAACAAAAAACAAGACGCUCGCAAAAAUGUGAAUUUGCCAUGGAAACGACUUUCAAAUCAAUACUAUAGUAUAAUUGGAGGAAUCAGUAGAAAAUAUCUUAGUGAAGAAAUAAAGGCCGUUUAAAUGUA